AUGUCAACUCCUAUACGCUGGUGCAUCGCCUCCUGUCACUUCCUACGACGGUACAUCGCCUCCUGUGAACUCCAUACGCCGGUACAUCACCUUCUGUCACUUCCUACGCUGGUAUAUCGCCUCCUGUCAACUCCUAUGCCCGGGGAAUCGCCUAUUGUCACUUCCUACGCCGGUACAUCGCCUCCUGUCAACUCCUAUACACCAGUUCAUCAUCUCCUGCCAACUCCUAUACGCCAGUACAUCGCCUCCUGCCAACUCCUAUACGCCAGUACAUCGCCUCCUGCCAACCCCUAUACGCUGGUACAUCGCCUCCUGUCAACUCCUAUACGCCAGUACAUCGCCUCCUGUCACCUCCUACGCUGGUACAUCGCCUCCUGUCAACUCCUAUACGCCGGUACAUCGCCUCAUGUCAACUCCUAUACGCUGGUACAUCGCCUCCUGACAACGCCUAUACGCUGGUACAUCGCCUCCUGUCAACUCCUAUACGCUGGUACAUCGCCUCCUGCCAGCUCCUAUACGCCAGUACAUCGCCUCCUGCCAACUCCUAUACGCUGGUACAUCGCCUCCUGUCAACUCCUAUACGCCAGUACAUCGCCUCCUGACAGCUCCUAUACGCUGAUACAUCGCCUCCUGUCACUUCCUACGCCGGUACAUCGCCUCCUGUCAACUCCUAUACACCAGUACAUCGCCUCCUGCCAACUCCUAUACGCCAGUACAUCGCCUCCUGCCAGCUCCUAUACACCGGUACAUCGCCUCCUGUCCACUCCUAUACGCUGGUACAUCACCUUAUGUCAACUCCUAUACGCCGGUACAUCGCCUCCUGUCAACUCCUAUACGCCGGUUCAUCGCCUCCUGUUAACUCGUAUACGCCGGUACAUCGCCUCCUGCCAACUCCUAUAUGCUGGUACAUCGCCUCAUGUCAACUCCUAUACGCCGGUACAUCGCCUCCUGUCAACUCCUAUACGCCGGUUUACGCCUCCUGUUAACUCCUAUACGCUGGUACAUCGCCUCCUGACAACUCCUAUACGCUGGUACAUCGCCUCCUGA